AUGGGUGUCGCAGAAAUUCGGCUGCUGCGUGCUGCAUUCGCAGGUGAACAUGAGGAUAUUAUGAUGGCCAUGCUCAUGCAGAACACAUCCGAAGAGGAAGGCCAUGGACUUGGUUGGGUGUUUCCUCUGUUCCAUCAUCUGCCAUCUAUUGAAUCGGUCCGUACAGACGUUCUCGAGGAGGACGAAAAUCGGCUGCCAGGGGUAGAGGCAGACUCAUCCAACGUCAGUCGGAUUGCCAUACACCACUCAUCCCUGGAUAUAUUCUAUCUUGUUUCAGUGCUCAGUUGGUGCAAGGUUCUUCCGCAGUUCGAAUACUCCAUCGGGCGGAGGUCUUCUCUCAUCGGAGGUAACCCAUUUCUCAAUCCCAAGACCUUUAUCCUGAACCUACUACGGCACACCCAGAUCCUAGGGGUGUUAGAUAUAGAUGUUGAGGCACAUAUAUCUGAGUUCACAAGGGAGGAUAACGAGUACCCCGACUUUGAAAGACACGGUGGACAGGCUGACUUGUUGGAAUUGGCCGAGUUCAAUUCUUCGAUAAUGGUACCGCCAGAGUCCUUCUGGAAGCAGAAUGCAUCAUUGCAAAAUUUUGAGUCUCUCAAGCGAUUGAGUAUCGGUGUCAAUUUCCUCAUUUACUGUACAUGGACUGUCAAUGCAGCUAGGAAUAAUAGUCCCAGUUUCUGCCUGAUUGAUUCCCUCCCGCCGAAUCUAGAGUAUAUUUGCAUUCGAGUUUAUGAGAAAGGCAAGAAAUAG